CUCGGCUAGCGGAGCCUGUGCUGUCCCAAGCUUCACAGAAACGCUCGAGGGCCAGGUUGCGCUUGCGUGUUGCGGCCGGUGGGCGGGGCGAAGGCCGCGCUAGCCGCGGCUGGGCUUCCCCGUGGGCUGGAAUCUCAGACCGCGCUGACCGGGAGCGGAGCGGUGGUGGAUCCUGCAAGGCCUGCUUCCCAACUCUAGCCACCGAAAGUAAACUUUCCUCCAGUUUCCGCGGCGCUUCAAAGCCCUUGCCUCAGCUUCCGGGCUUGCCGCGGUCAGGGCCUCCCUCACACGAAACGGGUUUGGCGCCAUGGACGCGACGGCACUGGAGCGGGACGCGGUGCAGUUCGCCCGGCUGGCGGUGCAGCGUGACCACGAAGGUCGCUACUCAGAAGCAGUGUUUUACUACAAGGAAGCUGCACAAGCGUUAAUUUAUGCUGAGAUGGCAGGAUCAAGCCUGGAACAUAUUCAAGAAAAAAUAAAUGAGUAUCUGGAAAGAGUUCAAGCUCUGCAUUCAGCAGAUAUUUCCCCCCUCGUUUCAACAACCUUUUAUUGAGUUCAUGUUUGAGCUUUAUGUUCAGUCAAAGAAUGUUGAUCCUUUGAAAUCAAAACAUCAGUUGGAUCUAGAGCGUGCCCAUUUCCUUGUUACACAAGCUUUUGAUGAAGAUGAAAAAGAGAAUGUUGAAGAUGCCAUAGAAUUAUAUACAGAAGCUGUGGAUCUCUGUCUAAAAACCUCUUAUGAAACUGCUGAUAAAACCCUGCAAAAUAAACUGAAACAGUUGGCUCGACAGGCACUGGAUAGAGCAGAAGCUUUGAGUGAACCUUUGACAAAGCCAUUUUGCAAAACCAAGUCAACAAAUAUUAAACCAAAGCCACCUCCAGUAAGAACCCAUUUUCCGUUAGGAUCUAGCCCCUUCCUUGAAAGACCUCAACCAUUUAUAACUCCACAGUCAUGUGAUGCACAAGGACAGAAAUAUACAGCAGAAGAAAUAGAAGUGCUCAGGACAACAUCAAAAAUAAAUGGUAUAGAAUAUGUUCCUUUCAUGAGUGUCGACCUGAGAGAACGUUUUGCCUAUCCGAUGCCCUUCUGUGAUAGAUGGGGGAAGCUACCAUUGUCACCUAAACAAAAAGCUACGUUUUCCAAAUGGGUACGACCAGAAGACCUCACCAACAAUCCUACAAUGAUUUACACUGUGUCCAGUUUUAGCAUUAAACAGACAAUAGUAUCAGAUUGUUCCUUUGUGGCGUCAUUGGCUAUCAGUGCAGCUUACGAGAGACGAUUUAAUAAGAAGUUGAUAACCAGCAUAAUUUACCCUCAGAAUAAGGAUGGUGAACCAGAAUACAAUCCGUGUGGAAAGUAUAUGGUAAAACUUCACCUCAAUGGUGUUCCAAGAAAGGUGAUAAUUGAUGACCAAUUACCUGUUGAUCAUAAGGGAGAAUUGCUGUGUUCUUAUUCCAACAACAAAAGUGAAUUGUGGGUUUCUCUCAUAGAAAAAGCAUACAUGAAAGUCAUGGGAGGAUAUGAUUUUCCAGGAUCCAAUUCAAAUAUUGAUCUUCAUGCACUGACUGGGUGGAUACCAGAAAGGAUUGCUAUGCAUUCAGAUAGCCAAACUUUCAGUAAGGAUAAUUCUUUCAGAAUGCUUUACCAAAGAUUUCACAAAGGGGAUGUCCUUAUCACUGCAUCGACUGGAAUGAUGACUGAAGCUGAAGGAGAAAAGUGGGGUCUGGUUCCCACUCACGCAUAUGCUGUUUUGGAUAUUAGAGAGUUCAAGGGUCUGCGAUUUAUACAAUUGAAAAAUCCUUGGAGUCAUUUACGUUGGAAAGGAAGAUAUAGUGAAAAUGAUGUAAAAAACUGGACUCCAGAGUUGCAAAAAUACUUAAACUUUGAUCCCCGAACAGCUCAGAAAAUAGACAAUGGAAUAUUUUGGAUUUCAUGGGAUGAUCUAUGCCAGUAUUAUGAUGUGAUUUAUUUGAGUUGGAAUCCAAGUCUUUUUAAAGAAUCGACAUGUAUUCACAGUACUUGGGAUGCUAAGCAAGGACCUGUGAAAGAUGCCUAUAGCCUGGCCAACAACCCCCAGUACAAACUGGAGGUCCAGUGUCCACAAGGGGGCGCUGCAGUGUGGAUUUUGCUUAGUAGACACAUAACAGACAAGGAUGAUUUUGCAAACAAUCGGGAAUUUAUCACAAUGGUUGUGUACAAGACUGAUGGGAAAAAAGUUUAUUGCCCAGCUGACCCACCUCCAUAUAUUGAUGGAAUUCGAAUUAACAGCCCUCAUUAUUUGACUAAGAUAAAGCUGACCACACCUGGGACCCAUACCUUUACAUUAGUGGUUUCUCAGUAUGAAAAACAGAACACAAUCCAUUACACAGUUCGGGUAUAUUCAGCAUGCAGUUUUACUUUUUCGAAGAUUCCUUCACCAUACACCUUAUCAAAACGGAUUAAUGGAAAGUGGAGUGGUCAGAGUGCUGGAGGAUGUGGAAAUUUCCAAGAGACACACAAAAAUAACCCCAUCUACCAAUUCCAUAUAGAAAAGACUGGGCCAUUACUUAUUGAGCUAAGAGGACCAAGGCAAUAUAGUGUUGGAUUUGAGGUUGUAACAGUUUCUGUGGUGGGAGAUCCUGGUUCCCAUGGCUUUCAGAGGAAAUCUAGUGGCGACUAUAGGUGUGGGUUUUGCUACCUGGAAUUAGAAAACAUACCUGCUGGGAUCUACAAUAUCAUCCCCAGUACUUUUUUGCCUAAACAAGAGGGACCCUUUUUCCUGGACUUUAAUAGUAUAAUACCCAUCAAGACAACACAACUUCAGUGAUGAAGAAAUUUCAGCAAUUACUGGAUUUUAUACUUACCAAAUAUCAACUCUUCAAAUGAGAACACAGAUCUGUGGAAUACUACACACAACAAUCAGAACUUAAUUAAAUUCUCCAAAACCAUGUCAUAGUGGAAUCUUGUACUCAAGUCAAGGUGUUUGGUGAGAAUUGUAUAUAGUCAGAAGUACCCUGAAUCACCCGGAAGUAAAGUUUGCCUGGUUUUAAGUAUAUAUAGAAUUGGCUUACUUUUAGGGCCCACGUUGUAUAAAAAAGUAGGUAUCAUUAAAUUAUUAGACUUACACUCAGUCUGCAUUUUGAGAUGCCUUUGCUAAGAGGACAAGGGAACUGAGACCAGCUGCGGAAAAUGAGGGGCACAGACUCAUUGAGUGGAAUGGUGAGAGCUGGUAUAAUGUCCUGAAAUGUUACAUUAUUUUUCUUUUUUUCAGAGCAUGUUGUGAGUUAAAUCUGCUUGUGUUGUGAUUCCACUAUACAUCUUGGGCAGCUAAUUACCAAAUGAAUCAUGUCCCAUAAUCAGAUUUUAACUCUGCAUUGAUGAUUUUGAAAUAUUUGUUGCCCAAGUGUUACAAAAGAAUAAAGCUUUAAGAAGUACUCAUUAACAUAGCACGAAGAUGCUCAUGCUUAAGAAUGGGUUGUUGCAGUUACCAAUGCAUCUCUCUCAUUGAAUCACGUAAGGAGGACUGAGGUAUGUACACCAGUGCAAUUUUUGUUUUAUCAGGUUGAUUGAAAGUAAUAAUUUCCUGAGACAUUACAGCCAGUUUUUAUAGUCUUUUUAAAAUUGCUCUAUAUAGUUCAGUGCUCUUUAUGAUAACACUGAAAAAAAUACAAUCAAGAAUUUAUUAUAUGAUUAGGUUAUAUAGCAUUCAGAAAAAGUGAAUUGAAUUGCCAAGAAAACAGUAUCGUGUAAGUUCCCAGUUUACAUAAAAAUACAUCAGAAUCAUACUCAAGAUUUUAAAGCUCUGAAAAUUAAUAAGUUGGGAUUGUCUCUACUUUAUAAUUAUUAAAACUUAUUUUGUAUUUCAUACUACCUUUAAUUGAAAUAAAAUGUUUAUACUUAUGGGAAAAACUGCAUA